UGGACAAGUUAAAAAAACAUAUUCCUUUUCAUGGUGAAAAGGGAUUGCAUGAACUUCUUUUAAUUGCUAAAAGGUUUGAAGAGAAGAUUUUUACUAUGGCAACAAGUUGGCCUGAUUAUCUAUUGAAAAUAUCUUUGAAGAUUGAGACGAUGGAUACUAAACCCCAAGGCACCACCAGGACUAACCCACCAAAUCAAGUCACCAACAUUAAAGUUGAAGCUAAACAGUCAGAAAUGCAACGUGUAAUAGUGCCCAUGCCAUUGCCGAAAAAAUCCCUAAAGCGCCACCACCAUCAGAUGUAUAACGAUAAUGGGAGACCUAAUCAAGGUACUGAAGGCAAUAGUAAUUGGAGAGAUGGACUGCAUCCAGAGACACGCCAAAUGAACAUCAACACGAUGUAAGAUUCAG